GCUAGUAAUGUGCGACGUAAUUCCUGACAGUUUUCUACAAUUUCACCGCGUUUUGUUUCGGAGUUCAGAAAACAAACAGUAGUAUUUGAGAACAUGGCGGACAGUGUGGAAGUGGUAUUUACUUUAAAAGAGUGGGAUGUUGAAUUAUCAACACCACAUGCUGUACAAAUUAUCUUUCAACUUAUUCUUGGUGCUGAAGGUCAUCAUGAUCCAGUAAGCAUUAAGAAUAAAAAUCGGAAUGAUUCAGCGAGUAUAAAAUUUGGGAUUUCCCAAACAGCCGUUCCUGUGUUGAAGCAUAUAUUGUCCAGCUCUAAGCAGUCAGUGUUUAGAGAACUUGGAGUGACCAGUAUCAAAAUUGGUGAAGAUUACAAGCAGACCCUGAAAACACAGUGUAAUACUGCAGAGUACAUUCAAAGCAGUUGUGCUGAGUUUUACAGAACACCACAUCACAGUUUUCAAGAUGAGCUACUCGCUCAGCUUAUACUACAUUUUAAAGUACAAUUACGAGCUACACAAGAUACGAGAAAACAAAUGUCUGAUGAGAAAAAAAGUGCAAGAAAAUUAUUUGUUGAAUUGGAAAACAAAGUUGAAUGUCUCAAAAUUGAAAACAGUGAACUGAGAGAAAAUACAAAGAGAGUUGAAAAUGAAAACCAUGAGCUUAAGAAAGUGAUUGCUAACAGUACUUUAGAUAGUGAUAUGAACAAAUUGAACAUAAAAGACAGUUCUGAAGAAAAAAGCGUGUCCAGUGAAAUCAAGCCAACUGUAAAAAAAGCUGUGAUGGAAACUAAAGAUAAUGAUGGUCUACAUGUAUUGCCGUCUGAUGAUCUACAGGUAGAUACUGAAUCUUUUGGUAGCCAUGGCAACAAUGACGAAUCAGAAGCCUCUUCCUCGGCUGUGCAACCAGAAGAUUCUGCUGCCUCACAGGAAGAUAAUAGAACACUAGAUGUGGAUACUACAUCUUUUGGUAACCAAGACAACAAAGAGAAAUUAAAAGCUUUCUCAUCUGUGCAGCCAGAAGACAAUGCUGUCACACAGAAAGAUAGUGGAGUAUCAGAUGAUAACAAAAAAAAAAUAGAAGAGUUGAGAUUGCAGCUGGAGAGGCAAAAAUUCAAAAGAGGUACCUAUGAAAAAAAUAUCAAUGCCCUUGGCGCUGAAUACUCAAAAGAUGCAGACGACAAACUGAAAAAAAUGCAGAAUAUUAAAACUCCAGACGAAGAAUGGAUAGAAAGCUCCCAAAAUACUGAAGUAUCUUUGGCUUAUGAGCUGAAGAAAGAGAAGGAGACAGCUGAAUUUUAUGAAAAUUAUUUAGAGAAACAUUCUCAUCAAGCAACAGAGCAAAAUAAGCAAGAAGCUAGCAAGAUUGAGACAGGGAAUCCAAAGCUGGUAGGUUCUACUGAAACCCAGGAUGUAUUUGUAUCAAGUAAAGAUAGCUUGGUCAGCAAUAAACAGCAAGAUGAGAAGCCACUAACCCAGAGUUUAGCUUCAUCAGAACAGAAUAACAAUAAGCGAAAUGAUGUUGAGUCGCAAGAAGAGCCAUAUUCUCAUCAAGCAACAGAACAAAAUAAGCAAGAAAUUAGUAACAUUGAGUCAGGGAAUUCAAAGCCCCCUAAAAAAGUAAAAGUAACUACUGAAACCGAGGGUGCAUAUAAUAUUGAGUCGAAAGAAGAGCCAAUAAUUACUGAGGAAACUGAAGAUGCUUCAGUACACAGUCAAGAAGGAUUGAGCAACAAUAAUGUAGAUGAGAAGCCUGUAGGCGAAACCAUAAUUACUUGUGAAACUCAAAAGCCAGGUAUGAAUGCUAGCGUAACAACAAAAAUGUACCAUCCGGUUUCUGAAGAGAAAUCAGAAGUACAACCUGUCCAAGAUUCAGAAGCUGUUUCUCGAGAGGAAUCACUAGCAUUACCUAUCCCAGAGUCAGAACCAGAAUCAGAAGUGGGUAUCUUGCAGAGACAAUUAAAGCUGAUAAAAAAAAGGGAAUUAAAUGUGUUAAUGCAACAGAAACAAGCUACUAUUGACAGUUCCUCCACAUCUUCUUCAAAGGAAGAUAAUAAAAUCAUUGAGUUUGUUGUGAAUGAGUUACCUAAGAACGAUUGGAGGCCACUUGUGAGAUGUCUCGGCCUAUCUGAUGUAGAAAUUGAAGAAGUGGAGGAAAAUACGCGAAGUGACUUACGAGAAACUAAACGCAAUGCCUUAGUGAAAUGGAGGAGAAAAGAAAAUUUAGAUAAAUGUACUGGCACUAGAAUAGUAAUGGGUAUGCGUGAAUGCAAAUUAAAUCAGUUAGCAGACAAAGUUUGCAUGGAGUUCAAUAUCUCAGAAAAAUCAACACUGAGUACUAACAUGGCUGCUAUUGGUGGUAGCGGAGACUUCUGUAUACAAGUUGAAGAACCGGAAUCUGAGCCUCUGCUAUUUACUGACGAAAUUUGUGAUGACUUAGAGACCUUGGAUAGGGAAUAUUUUAACAAAGAAGAAAUGAGGAAAGUGCAGAAAAGGCUAAAAUUGACUCUUGAUAGUGAUGUACCAAUAUUUGAAGUGUGUACAGAAUGGGAGAAGGUCUACAAACCGAUGACAAUGCCACUAAUUGAGCGACGAAAAAAGACCAAUUUUUUUGUUCGGGUUAUGAGAGACCUUCCCAGAGAAGAUAUUGUUGAUGUUUUGAAGAAAUACUGGUCUGGUAAUGGUCUCAUAGGUCCUUCAAUGUCAAACAUGACAUCAUUCCAGAAAAUCCCAUUUUCAACGAGGAACAAAUUAAAUAAUCAGCUAUCAAUCGAAAAGCCCAAUGGUUCUGACUGGCGCAUCAUUGCUGAAAUAGCUAAAUUUCCCGACUACCAGAAUUUAAUUCAACUCUGGCAACAGAAGGGUAAUGGAGGAGAACAAGUUCUGCAGACAUGGCAAGGCAGAACAGAUGCUACUAUUGGCAAUCUGUAUAAAAUUUUUGUAGAAAAUGAUAUGAAUGACUGUGCCAAACUGUUAGAAUAAAACCUAUAGUUAUUGACAGGUUAUUUAGUUCAUGUAUACUUGAGAUAUUAUUACAUCUUAUUGGUCCUUCAAAGCAGUUUGAACUUUUAUUGUAAUUUUUAUAACAACAUCUAUAAUAUACUUUUGAUAAUGUCACAAUGCUGUAAUUUUUCUAUAAAAGUCAAGGCUAUAAUUGAAAUAAGAUACUGUAAAA